AUGGCGACAAGUACAUCAGUGUGCGCAGUAUGCGACCAUCAACACCAAACUAUACAAUCAACUCACUGGUGUAUAGAGUGUGAAGAACCAUUAUGUACUGGCUGUAAAGAACAUCAUAAUGUUUUGAAGGCAACAAGAAAUCACAAAACGAUUUUUAUCUCAGAUUAUCAAUUAUUACCAUCCGCUGUAACCGAUGUAAAUCAGUAUUGUAUUUAUCACAAUGAAAUAUAUCAACUUUAUUGUAAUAAGCACGAGAGUCCAAUAUGCAACAAGUGCGUAAAGGAUCACGGGAAAUGUGGAGAAAUACUUUCACUGGAUGAGCUAGUAAAAGACAUCAAGACUUCAGAGUCCUUCGUUGACCUAGAGCACAGUCUGGACGACAUAUUUACUAAUAUAAAUCUUAUUCGUAAAGACAGAGAGUCGAAUAUAGAAAAUAUAACAGAUCAAAAGAAGAAAAUAGCUGCACAAGUUUGUUACUUAAAAAUGCAGAUCAACCAGCAUGUUGAGAAACUGGAAAAGGAGUUCACCAAAGAACUAGACCAAAUUGAAUUUGAUUGCUGCAACCAAAUGCAUUCGAUUGUGUCAUCUUUGCAAGAUAAAGCAAAGGAAAUAAAUCAGAUCAAGUCAGAAAUCAAGAGCACUAAGAAAUACGCAUCAAAUCUGCAAGCAUUCCUACGUAUGAUGGACAUUCAGUCAAAAACCACUGAACUCGAAAAACAUCUCCAGUUUUGUAUCCAAAAUGAGUAUCACGAGAAAAUCAUCAUAGAGAGUGAAACAAACACUAAGAUAUAUGAUUUUCUAACUGUUGAGAGGUUAGGGUCCAUUAAAGUCAAGAAAAUUCCGUCUACUAAAAUUGACCUUAUAAGAAGGAAAGACAGACAAGCCCAAAUAAUGGUUCCUAAAGCAAUAAAAUCAAUCAACGAUGUCAAACUUGAACUCUUACGAAAAUUCGACACGAAUUGUAAUCUCACUACUGGUUGUUGUGUUACAAAUAAAGGAGAAUUUCUGUUCACAAAUUAUGAAGCUAACAAUGAAAAAGUAAAUGCAAUUAAUGCCGAUGGUGAAGUUGUAUAUGCAAUUCCCCUUACAGACCCGUACAGUGCGUUUGAUGUAGUGUCCUACGAUGGCUCUACACUAGCUGUAUCAACUGGAUGUUCUCUGACACAGCCUGGUAUCGUUUUUGUUGAUCUUAUCAAGAGAAAAAUAAAAAAAUUCAUCGACUUACCUGAUAGUCCGUUUGGAAUAACUUAUGACGGUAAAUCAUUGAUCUGUUGUGUUGCAGACAAAAACUUACAUGUGAUAUCUUGUACAGACUACAGUAUCACCACAAUCCCUAUCACUGCCUCGUCGUGUUAUUCAUACGUUUCAACGUAUGAUGACAAGAUUUUCUAUACAAAUCCGCAUAAACACACAGUAACAUGCCGUUCAUACAGUAGGGAACUAGUGUGGGAGUUCAAAGAUAAAAGCGUGUUAGAUCGUCCGCUAGGACUGACCGUGGAUAACAACGGGAAUGUUUUUGUUGUUGGAGAGUUGUCAUGUAAUAUUAUUGUCAUAUCUCCUGAUGGAAAACAGUGCAAACAAAUACUGACCAAGAAAGAUGGUCUUAAAAGGACGACAGCAAUUUUCUUUGACAAAGUGAGGAAUCAGCUGUUAGUAACAAUUGGAACCGACUUUGCAAAUGUAUAUGACAUUUCUUACGGCUAA